AUGUCAGAGUCCUCUAAAUCUAAAUCUUCAAUAAAUUUAAACCCAUCACCGACAUUAGAGUGCAAAGAUCUUCACGAGUAUUUAAAAAGUCGUUCACAACAAUUUUUAGAAACAUUGUAUAAUUAUCCUACGAUAUGUCUUGCAGUUUAUCGAGAACUUCCGGAGCUUGCAAGACACUUUGUCAUACGUCUGUUAUUUGUAGAACAACCGGUACCACAAGCAGUGGUUGCAUCAUGGGUCACACAAACACAUGCUAAGGAACAAAGUAAAGCAUGUGAAGCUCUCUCAGAAUUAUCAGUAUGGCAAGAAGCCCCAAUACCUGGUGGAUUACCUGGCUGGAUUCUUUCCCAAUCCUUCAAGAAAAAUUUAAAAGUUGCAUUACUUGGAGGUGGACGCCCUUGGAGCUUAUCAUCAUCAUUAGAACCAGAUGGUAAAGCAAGAGACAUAGCAUUCUUAGAUGCAUAUGCAACAGAGAGGUGGGAGUGUGUCCUCCAUUAUAUGGUAGGAUCUGCACAGACAGAAGGUAUAAGUGCAGAUGCAGUUCGUAUACUGUUACAUGCAGGACUUAUGACAAGAGAUGCAGAAGAUGGAUCUGCAGUCAUUACGAGAGCUGGCUUUCAGUUUUUACUUCUUAGCACAGCUAAACAGGUGUGGUUGUUCCUACAACAUUAUUUGCACACAGCUGAAAAACGCAGUCUCAGUGCAGCGGAGUGCCUCGCCUUCUUAUAUCAGCUCAGUUUUAGUACACUUGGAAAGGAUUACAGCACUGAGGGCAUGAGCAACAAUAUGUUAGUGUUUUUACAACAUUUGAGAGAAUUUGGGCUUGUUUAUCAAAGAAAGCGCAAGGCGGGCCGCUUCUACCCCACGCGGCUGGCGCUGCACAUGGCGCGCGUGCGCGACGACGCGCCGGCGGGGGGGCCCGGCGCGGGGGCCCCGGUGGCCGCGGGGGGGCCUGGUGCGGGGGCCUCGGGCGCCGCGGGGCCCGCCGGCUACAUCGUGGUGGAGACCAACUACCGCGUGUACGCGUACACCCAGAGCAGCCUGCAGGUGGCGCUGCUAGGGCUGUUCACCGAGCUCGUGUACAGGUUCCCGAACGUGGUGGUGGGCGUGCUGACGCGCGAGUCGGUGCGCGCGGCGCUGCGCGGCGGCAUCUCCGCGCGCCAGAUCGUGCGCUACCUGGAGCAGCACGCGCAUCCGCAGAUGCUGAAGUCGGAGACGGGCGGCGUGCGGUCGCGCGGCGCGCUGCCGCCCACCGUGGUGGACCAGGUGCGGCUGUGGGAGGGCGAGCGCAACCGCUUCACAUACACCGACGGCAUCAUAUACAACCAGUUCCUCUCACAGGCGGAGUUCGUGGUGCUGCGCGACUACGCGGCGCGCGCCGGCUACGUGACGUGGGCCAGCGAGCGCGCGCGCACGCUCGUGCUCACGCGCGCCUCGCACGACGACGUGCGCCGCUUCUGGAAGCGCCACUCCAAGGCCAAC